UCACUUCUUAUCUUUGAAGUAUUUAAAGUUAGUUAUGUUGUUGUACUACAUCUACACUACGACAUAUGUAAGACUCAUCAAAAUCCGUGUCCCAAACAUGUCGAUCUUUCCUUGUUAGAUCAAGAGCAAUUGGAAAUUCAUAGUAACAGGUCUUAUUUCGCUACUAAUGACAUCUUUCGUCUGUAGAGACACGCGACGAUUACGAUAGACCGGUUGCGAGCGCGAUCCGAGAUAUCUCGCCGUUUAUCCCGCUUAACGUUUCUGUGUAUAUUAUCCGGUGAAAACGAAAGAACGGCCUAUCAUUCUCUGUAAGAAAGAACUCGCGUUUUGUCGCAAACAAGAAUGGACGAAACCACACGAGAUAAUCUUAUAUCUAUGUCGAAUGAACGCGUUCGGAAGCUUCCAAGUCGUCUUGCAUUCAAAGACAAGGCGGUGUACGGAUAUGGGACGAGCAUCCCACCGAAUAACAAUGAGACCGACGAGAGCGAGGCGUCAUCGAAGAAAGUGAUCUUUUGCGUCCACGGGAAACUAUCCGGGUGCUGCACAGUAGUAAAAAGUAGCAACUCUCCGAUUAGCGAAAACAGCACUACCACUACUACGUCCACCACCACCAUCGUCGAUUUACAAAAUAAUUCUACCACUGCACCAGAAGAUCAUUGUCACAGAGAGAGAAACGAGGAGAUCGAUAAAAAGGCAAGAAGGAAAUUACUGCUUGCUAGUACGCUAUGCGUAAUUUUUAUGAUAGCAGAAAUCGUAGGCGGAGUGCUUUCAAACAGUUUGGCGAUCGCGACGGACGCCGCGCAUUUGUUAACCGACUUCGCCUCGUUCAUGAUCUCCCUGUUCUCGAUAUGGGUCGCGAGUCGACCAGCCACGAGGAAAAUGCCCUUCGGCUGGUAUCGAGCGGAAGUAAUAGGGGCACUGACGUCGGUUCUCUUAAUCUGGGUAGUUACGGGAAUCCUCUUUUAUCUGGCGGUCGAACGAGUGAUUCAUGAAGAUUUCGAGCUGGAUGUCACCGUGAUGCUAAUCACCUCCGCCGUGGGCGUCGCAAUAAAUCUAAUAAUGGGUUUAUCGCUGCAUCAGCACAGCCAUAGCCAUGGACACGGCCACGGACACGAACACGAAUCACAUAAAUCUAGUAGAAACCCAGAGAAUCCAAUACUCGAUGAGGAAGUUGAUAGAACGAAUAUCAACGUCCGCGCCGCUUUUAUCCAUGUUUUAGGCGAUUUUAUUCAAAGCGUAGGGGUACUCAUUGCGGCGUUAGUCAUUUAUUUUAAGCCGGAUUGGAAAAUAGUCGAUCCGAUUUGCACCUUCCUCUUCUCGCUGUUGGUCAUAUUGACCACGGUCGCGAUAAUCAAGGACGUUAUGAACGUUUUAAUGGAAGGGAUACCAAAAGGAUUUGAGUAUUCCCAAGUGGAGAGCACGUUCAUGCAGAUCGAAGGUGUGGUCAAAGUUCACAACCUCCGCAUCUGGGCGCUUUCGUUGGACAAAACAGCGUUGUCCGCGCAUCUCGCAAUUAAACCGGGUGCGAGUCCUCACGAUAUAUUACGCACUGCCACCAGAAAUAUUCACGAUAAGUAUAAGUUUUUCGAAAUGACGCUUCAAAUAGAGGAAUUCGACGAGCGGAUGGAGAACUGUAAACAAUGCAAAGCGCUGUCCCAGUAAUUGCACAACUUUUGCGUGCAUAUCCAGCGUUUGCAGGGGCACGAUUAAAUGAAAUCGAUCAACGACUCAAAAGUCAAAUCGGUUUGGCAACGAUUAAAUGACUCUUGCAGAAUUCGAGUAUCGAACUAUUCCAAGAGUAUGAUCUCCAGAAUAAAACUGACCGAAAACAAAGUUCAUCGAUACGGUAUCUCAACCUCGCAUAUAUUUAUAUAAUGUCUGUCAAUGAAUCAGCUGCUCUUUAGCAAAAAAACAAGUUGACUCAUCGAGGCUAACAUUCUUUACGAUUGUUAUUUAUUUUUAAGCGAUUUACUUGAAAUUGCGUAAAAUCGAAAUGCGAUUUAUCGUGUACUUAAACUAUGCGUUCGAACUGUAAACCAAAGCACGAUCGUAUUAACGCAUGAAAAUAAAUUACGAAACAAAAGAGGAAGGAUCAAUAAUUCGAAUAUUUCUAUUUUCCUAAAUCCAAAAGUGUAACAACAUUGAACGCAAUUUAGCAGUCUAAUAUUAAAAGCUACGCAUAAAUAUCGAACAUUGGA